CACUGAUAAUGUUGUUCUUAUUUUUUUAAUAGAAGAAUGCAUUAUUUGUGAUUACUUUGUGCUUGUUGGAGAGCCUACAGCUAUUAGUUGCCCAGUGGUUACGUUGACAGUGCUUCACGCUGAGUACAAUCUGACGUGGUAUAAAAAUGGUAGUGCUACACCAGUAACCACAGAGAGAGACGCCAGGAUCCAUCAGCGAGAGGGCUUGCUUUGGUUUAUUCCUGCAGCGCUGGAAGAUUCGGGACUUUACGAGUGUCAUGUAAGGAGCCUUAACCAAUCUAAGCAAAAAACUAUAAAUUUAACGGUUUUUAAGAAUGAUAACGGUUUGUGUUUUAAUGGAAAAAUGACAUUUGAACAAAAAGUGAGGAGCAGAAAUACUGGAAAGAUUAUAUGCCCUGAUCUAGAACACUUUAAAGAUGAAGACAAUAAUUGGCCUGAAGUACAGUGGUAUAAGGAGUGUAAGCCUGGAUUUCUUGAAGACAAGCGACUUCUUUUGGCAGAGGGUGAAAACGCUGUCCUGAUUCGCAAUGUAACCGUACAAGACAGAGGAAACUACACGUGCUGUAUGGUUUACACAUACAUGGGAAGACAAUAUAAUGUGUCACGAACCAUGAGUCUAGAGGUCAAAGAAAGACCGCCGCAGAUGAGACCAGAGUUUAUUUAUCCAACGAACAAUACAAUUCAAGUAGAACUUGGCUCUCAUGUAGUUAUGGAAUGUAAUAUAUCAAGUGGCAUAAAUGGCUUGAUUCCAUUCUGGCAAGUUAAUGAUGAGGAUGUUGAUAGCUUUGAUAGCACCUACAGGGAACACUUUUAUGAGUAA